AGUUCGCUUUUCAUCGUCGUGUCGCUUGCAGUUAGAUUUUCACCAGCAACUGGAAAAGUUAAAUUAGCAUCAUGUCAUUGAGCGUGGAGACAGUACAAACUACGCCCUAUGAGGGCCAAAAGCCUGGAACCAGUGGGUUACGCAAAAAAGUAAAAGUGUUUACGCAGCCCAACUACACUGAAAACUUUGUACAGUGCAUUCUGGAUGCCAAUGAGGCCGCGGCGCUAAACGGCUCCACUUUGAUUGUGGGUGGCGAUGGUCGUUAUUACUGCAAAGAGGCAGCUGAACUUAUAGUGCGUAUCUGUGCUGCCAACGGAGUCGCUAAGUUGCUGGUGGGUCAAAAUGGCAUACUCUCUACUCCAGCAGUCUCCAGCUUAAUACGUCACAACAAGGCGCUGGGUGGCAUUGUUUUGACUGCUUCGCACAAUCCUGGCGGUCCUGAAAAUGAUUUUGGUAUCAAGUUCAACUGCGAGAACGGCGGACCUGCUCCUGAUGCCUUCACCAACAAAAUUCAUCAGCUCUCAACGAUUAUUAAGAAUUACAAGCUGGUGCGUGGUCUGCAGAUUGACAUCUCCAAGGUGGGGGUAAGCAAUUAUGAUAUUGCUGGCAAGCCAUUUGUUGUCGAGGUUAUUGACUCAGUGGCAGACUAUGUGCAACAUAUGGAGGAGAUCUUUAACUUUGCCAAAUUGCGCGAGUUCGUGAGCGGAAAAGCUACUGGCAAGCCGUUGAAGAUGCGCAUUGACUCCAUGAAUGGUGUCACUGGUGCCUAUGUGCGUGAGAUAUUUCUCAAUCGUUUGGGAGCUGCAGAGGCUUGUGUAGUGCACACCACACCGCAGCCUGAUUUUGGCGGCUUACAUCCAGAUCCUAAUCUGACCUAUGCCAAGGAUCUGGUAGAUACGGUUGCUAAGGGAGACUACGAUAUUGGCGCGGCAUUUGAUGGCGACGGUGAUCGCAACAUGAUAAUUGGAAGCAAAGCGUUUUUUGUGACACCCAGCGAUUCCUUGGCUGUAAUUGCUCACUACUUGGAGGCCAUACCCUACUUCCAGAAGAAUGGUGUGCAAGGAUUUGCUCGCAGCAUGCCCACAGCUUCGGCUGUGGAUCUGGUCGGCAAGAGGCUGGGCAAGGAAGUGUUCGAGGUGCCUACUGGUUGGAAAUACUUUGGAAAUCUUAUGGACGCUGGUCGCUUGUGCCUGUGCGGUGAAGAGAGCUUCGGCACCGGCUCCAAUCACAUACGUGAAAAGGACGGCAUCUGGGCAGUGCUGGCCUGGAUUUCUGUCAUGCAGCACACUGGCAAAAGCAUUGAGGAUAUACUGAAGCAGCAUUGGUCUGUCUAUGGACGUAACUACUUUACUCGCUACGACUAUGAGGAGUGCGAUCUGGAGCCCUGCAAUGAGAUGAUGGCCACCAUGGAGCAAAACAUCACUGCCGCUGAUUUUGCUGGAAAAAGCUUUACCAGCGGCGGAAAGAGCUACAAGGUGAAAGAAGCAGACAACUUUAGCUACACGGAUCCCGUCGACAAAUCGGUGGCCACCAAGCAGGGAUUGCGCAUUGUCUUCGAGGAUGGCAGUCGCAUUGUCAUGAGACUCAGCGGCACGGGCAGCUCCGGUGCCACAGUGCGCUUGUACAUUGACUCCUAUGAGAAGGAAAAUGUGUUGGGCCAGGCCAGUGUCAUGUUAAAGCCUCUUAUUGAUAUCGCUUUGGAAAUCUCACAGCUACCCAAGUUCACAGGGCGCAGUGCGCCUACAGUUAUUACAUAGGUAUAUUAAUUGUAACUCAACUGCCAUGCUUAAUGUUGCCUAUCUCCAACUACUUUGACACCGAAUUUGUUAACUUUUUAAUUUAAACAAUAAAUAAAAUGCUUCAAGUUUC